CAUAUAAUAUACGGUAACGCAAGCGCAAGACAGUUUUGAUCAAAAUUGUGCGGAAAGCAUACAACUGAAAAAUGUCAUCAAAAGUCACUCCUUUAAGUAUAAUAUUGGUAUCAUCCGGAUCAAAGGGUUACCGGUUGUUAUUUAGAUAUCCAUUUCAAGCAGAAAAACAGCAAGAAUUAGUUAAACGAGAUCUGUCAGAUAAUCCAUUUGCACUUCAGACCCCCGAGGAUGAUCCGUAUUCCAUCUCAACUAAUCAAUCAUCUACGAGACAGUCGUGUAUUAUAUCUGGUGAGCUAGACAACGUUCUGGCCAACAUCCUUACACCAAGUAACACAGAUCUGUGUGACCAGAGGUUUGAAGUCACAGUAGAUGAUGUCAAGUUCGUUGGCCAUCCACUUCUAGUACAAGAUGUCAAUGCAAAAUGGAGAGACGAUUCAUCUACAAGGGAAGGAUCAACAAUUAACCUGUUCAAUGUGGUUUUUGUCUUACAGGCAAGUGCAGACUGGUCUCUGGUCCACUGUUAUCAGGAUCUUAGCAAACGGUUAGCACUGGCUUUGAAGCAUGAAGAGAAGAGAUGUGGUUACCUGUCUCAUCAAGCCGUCAUCAUGGUCAGAGCAGAAGAUGAGGUCGCAGGUCAGCCUGAAGACUGCAAGGAAUCACCGUUUCAUCUCAUGUUACAAAGAAGCAAACUGACUCAGGAUCUAAGAGAUGUCUAUGAAGGUUUGCAUAAGAAUGGAAUAGCAAGGGUUUACAUCAAUAACUGGAUAGAAGUGAGCUUUUGUCUUCCUCAUAAAGUACACAAUGUUUCUGAGGUUAUCACUAUCAAGCAUAAUGGCAUUGAGAAGAGCCUUGGAGCUAUCAGACCAUAUCAUGCCAUGCUGUUAUUGGAGGAUCCAAACACGUUGAGGGCGUCCUUGCCUCGAGAUUGCUCUCCAGCUCUUCAUAGAAUUAUUCAUAUUGCCACGCCCUUGAAACGGCUUCAACAACUCUCGCAAGAUGCUGAUCUAGCUCUCUCACAGGUAUUUCAGCUUGUGGGCCAUCUUGUGUAUUGGGGUAAAGCUACGGUCAUUUACCCUAUCUGUGGAAGUAAUGUCUACAUUCUCUCACCUAAUGCACCUACAUCUCCUGGGACGCCCCUGGAUGUGGAAUUCCGAAUGAAGUUUGGCGAAUCCUUGAUCAAGGUUCUAGCUGAUUUCUCACUUCCACUACCAUUGAGUGAUCAUAGGAAUAGAUUGGCAGAGAGAGAGAGACCAGAGGGUGAGCUGAUCAGAAUUGUCAUGUGGCUUCUCCAAAAAAGGUUAUUGAUCCAGCUUCACACUUAUGUAUUCAUCAUCACCAACCCAACACUCGCCAAGAAGUCUUCUAGCGAUGAUCUAGAGAGGGAAGUAUCCACUCCACCGUCAGAAUCAUCACCCGUCACUAGAGGGCGCAAUACUCCUCAAGGGUCAGGCAGCGGCCAGGGAAGUGGACUUGGAGAAAAUCUAUCAUUUGACUCAGAUGAAUACAGUGUGAGCACAGGCUUUGCUAGCUUUGAUUCCUACUCAACGGAAGAAGGGCGUGGUCAUCCGAGAAGGAAGGUACUUGACAUGUUGACAGAACAUCUUACCAAGGAAGAGAAAGCCAGUGUUCUUGCCAUACCCCAUGCUAACAAUCCUGAAGAUAUCAAACUAUUUGCAAGGAUCUGUCCAUACUUGAGAGGGAUGCACCACCUUGAAGAGAUAAUGUACUACGAGAACGUGAAUCGCUCUCAGCUCUAUGCCUUGCUUGAGAAGUUUAGAGAGGUCCUGGUGACGUGUUCACACCAAGACGCAGCCAGCGUUCAGUACAAGGAAUUCUUAUGAUCAAGAUAGAGAUGUGAUCUGUUGGUAGAAAUAAGAUCAUCAGGAACUCUCAGUGCUACCUCUACGCAUUGCUGAAGAAUUACAGAGAUGUGAUGAUGACGCGUUCACACCAAGAUUCAGCCCGUGUUCACACAAGGAAGUGUGAUGAUUAGGACCACUUGUUGCCAGUCAGGACAGGGUAAGAGAGGUUGCAGUGAGGUGUGCUCACCAAGAUGAAGUCAGCAUUCAUAUAAGGAGAUAGUAAGAUCAAGGGAUCUCAUUGCUACACAUGAUUGGACUACGGAUAUCAUGAUGGGUUCACACUUACAUGCAGCUAGUGUUGGUCUUACAAAUUCUCUCAAACAUGUCAUCUUUUAUCUUUCUCAAAGGAGUAUACUAGUAAUAUGUUAUGAUGUGUUCAUACUGAGAUUGAGAUAGUGUUUGUUAAAAACAAAUUCUUGUGAACAUGGUAUCUUCUACCAUCGUAAAAUGGGGUGCAUAUAGAUGUGUUUAGUACCUUUCUCAAAGAGGGUACAUAUGUCAUGAUAUGCUCACACUAAGAUGCAGCUAGUGUUUGGUAAAACAAAUUAUUAUAUAGACAAGCACUGCAUUGUGUGACUUGUGUCAAGCAGACCUGUACAAAGCUACACUUGCCCCUCUAUUUUGAGCUUCAGAAGUAUCACUAUCAUCAUUUUCAUGUUCAAGUUAAGCCAAAUACAAAUACAAAUGAAUACAAAUGCUGCAAUGUGCUUCUCGUCUGGACUUUUUUUGGGAGGCCCAUUAUCAUUUGCUACUUUGGAUAUUUUAUUUUGUUAAGCAAGACGUGUAAACUAAUGUAGAUCUACUCACCGGUUUCUGCUCUCCUAUCGAUCACAACAGGCGGCUCAGUUAGGUUUGGAAGCCAUAGGAAGGCAUCAAGUUCAUAUUAUUGGGGGCAUAUUUUAAGGAGUGUAUCCCUCCCCGCCCCUGAUCUUUUUUUUUGACACUGCAGCAUUAUACUUGGUCUGUAAUAUCUUUAGCUUAUUUACCACCACUGCCUUCACUGCCUUAAACUUGAAUUCCGGCUCUCCGCAGGUGGUCAAAUCUGAUGACCAAUUCCCUGGUUAUCUACAGGGAAUUUUUCCAGAAUUCUGGAUACUUACGCGGGUAAGACCGUUAAACGAUUCUCUUUCAAAACACGCUGUAAGAAUAACCUGACUCUUGAAUUUGUCACCCCCAGUUAAAAAAGUUUGCCAUACUGCUUCAAAUCUCUUGAACAUUUUUUUUUCUUUCUGAUCCCAAGGCUGCUGCAUUCAUCAUUCAUUACUUAUGAGUUUUGUUGACAGUUUUCUGUUAUGUGAGUUUUGUACCAGUGUCCCUCACAUUUUGUUGUAGCCGGUACUUACAUGUCUGACUGCCUUUGGGCGAGCUUGAACACCAUAUAUGCCUGCCCGGACUACGACGACAAACAAAGGCUCGCACAUGUUCUCAUACUGGGUAAACAAUAGUCAAUACAGCUUUAUUCAAUCUAGUCUCUCCAUCCAUCAAAGCUGACUCUUUGGCUUGCUGGUUCCCUUCGCUACCAUCCAUACGCGAGUCAAUACCUUGAUCAUCAUCUUCCAACUAGAGAUUCUGGUGAGGCGAGAUGGGAGAUAACGGUUCCGGAUGAGUAAUUGUCGAUAGGUUGAUUGCUCUCACCUCCGGAUCCCCCACGGCGAGUGUCGGAGAGAUACUUCCUACCGCGAAGUCCUCCCAGAGGAAACUGGGUCCUUUAAACCAGUUCGCGCUACACAGCUGACUGGCGCUCAAUCCUCUGGAAGCAUGGUCAGCGGGGUUUUGAUCAGUUGAGACAUAAUGCCAUUGGUCGGGAGAAGUCCUAUCUCUGAUUAGCUGGACUCGAUUAGCGACAAACCUGUGGAACUUCCGUGCAUCAUUGUGGAUGUAUCCCAGGACUACUUGGGAAUCUAUCCAGAAGAAAUCUUUGGCAUCAUGAUACUCUAGCUCUUCUUUCAACAUAGAGUGCACCUUAGCUGACACAACUGCCGCUGUCAACUCUAAUCUGGGAAUUGUAACAACCUUGGUUGGCGCAACCCUUGAUUUGCCGAAGAUCAGACAACAGUGAACUUCCCCUUUCUGGUUAAUGAGACGCAAAUAAGAACAUUGGCCAUCACCAGACUUGCUGGCAUCCAAGAAAUGGUGAAGCUGCACUGUUACCUGAUAACCAAACUCAGCAGGAUGAUAACACCGAGGUAUUCUGAGCUCCUCUAGCUGUGGGAUUUCCUUACACCAUUGAUCCCACCUUGACUCCAGGUUCUCGGGUACUGGAUCAUCCCAUCCAAGCCCGCUACGACACAUUUCUUGAAGGAUUCUCUUGCCAUCGAGCACAACCGGAGCCACAAAUCCAAGAGGAAUAUACAGGGAUGCGACUAUGGAAAGAAUUCCCUGCCGUGUCAUUGGUUUCUCUUUCAGGGAAAUUCUGAUACAAAAGGCAUCCGUGGCCACAUUCCAAACAAUCCCCAGAGCACGCUCUACUUGAUCCUCAAAAUCCAAAUUUGAGUCGAUGACCCCACUUGCACGCUCAGACUUUGGCAGACUCUCCAGAACUUCCUUGGAAUUCGAAACAAACUUGUGGAGACGUAAGCCACCCUUGCUGCAAAGUUGUCUGGCUUCAUUGGCCAACUGGAUGGCUUCCUCUUCACUGGCUACACUCACCAGCCCAUCAUCUACAUAGAAGCUGCGCUGAACGAAGCGAGACGCCAAAGGAAAUUCAUUGCUGCACUGUCUAGCAAGAUACUUUAAGCCAUAAUUGGCGCAACCUGGCGACGAAGCAGCUCCAAAAAAGAUGAAAGUUCAUGCGAUAAUCCACUGGCUUCUUGCUGAUGUCGUUAUCUUGGAACCACAGGAAACUCAGGAAGUCCCGGUCAUCCUCAGCGGCCCUAAACUGGAAGAACAUCUUCUCAACAUCACAUAGUACUGCUACGUUGUGCUUCCUGAACCGACAAAGGACUCCCACCAAUGAGUUCAUCAUGUCCGGUCCCUUGAGCAGAUGAUCGUUAAGACAGGUGCCGCCAUACUUCGCGGAACAGUAAAAACACUUCCAAUGUAUCGUCGAAAUGGCCUCGUCGUCAUCAUCAAGAUGGAUUAAAGGUAAAAACAGAUUUGCCAUAACGAAUUCGCCAUGAUGUGACUGAUCGAAGCUAUUUCGCUAAAUGAACUCGUUGAGUGGACUCUUCAAGUAAACCAUUAAAGUUCAAAAGGAAGACAGCCAAGAGGAAAAUUUGUAAGUUUGUACAUCAUUUUUUCUGCUAGAUCUGACAGUUAAAACCAGAUUUGAAGUGUUGAAGUCAUUGAUAAAGUGACAUCGGACCUAAAGAUCCAUUAUGACAAAGCAAGAAAGGAGCAAGAAGUCGAAAGAAGCCCGGACAACCAAGGUUGUUAUUCGCUGUCUACCAGUGACAGACCUGGAAUGCCUUACCAAUCUUUGCUGGUGCAGCAGCUGAUGUGGCCUCUUGUGCCACUUCUUUGAAGACACCAUAUCCAUAGUCAAAGGGCAGGGUAUCUUUUUGUCAGUGUCAGUGACAUUCAUGGCUGCCAAUCCACGAUUUCACAUGAGUCUCCUUCCUCUUUCGGUAGACAUGGGAUUUCCUUUUUGGCCCAUGUGGGGUCAUAACCUCUAGACCACAACGCCCCCAUGUGUUUGUCUUAUAAUAAAACACAUAUACUGUAAUCAAAUAUGCAAGGGGCAGAUGAUUGCAUAUCACAUUUUUUUUUCAUGAAGAAUUCAAACGCAAUAAAUGUAUUGCUGGCAAGCGAUCAGGCUGAUAAUGACGAUUUGUCUGAAGCGUAAGUAGGAAAUAACUUUAUCUUGGUUGUCAGUCUUUGACUAUCUUUGAUUUCACUUUGACUUUCAGUAGCUAUAAUUCACUCAUUAAUCCAUUUCCUCAGUGAUAAGCCUUGAUGACAUGAUUUGGCUCUCCAAUAGCAAAAUGAGAUUGAUCUCGCCGGUGUUGUACAUGUUCUGAAGACGAGUUACUCUCUGCUCAAGACGUCUCCAUAUCUUUCUCCUGAUCGGCUGGAGCAUCCCAAUUCUUGCUUGUCGCAGCCUUGAUGACAUAUUUUGGCUCUCCAAUAGCAAAAUGAGAUUGAUCUCGCCGGUGUUUUACAUGUUCUGAAGACGAGUUACUCUCCGCUCAAGACGUCUCCAUUUCCUUCUCCUGAUCGGCUGGGGCAUCCCAAUUCUUGCUUGUCGCAGCCACACUCUCUCCUGGCGUUCGUUAUCUUUAUAGAUGCCGGAUGAUAAUCCAGAGAGAUGGAUGAUUUACCCCAACAGCUCGAUUUCAUUUUAGAUGACAUGCUGAAAUCCAAUUAAAUUCAAGUAACAUUUAUUUCUUUUUCGAAAUACAUUUACAACUAUUGUUAUAAUGAAUGAACUUUGAUGCUAUGUUCACCUGGCAUGUAUCCCAAGCCUUGGAAUAUAUCCUCAUAUUUUUCCUUCAUGUUGGUUCUCACGGCUUGUACCCUCUUGAUUAGGUUGAGACUUUGACAUGCCUUCAGUCCCAACACUGGCUGUACUUCACUGUCAACCAUCUGAAAUUCUAUGUUGUAGAAUUUUCUCUUAUAUGUGCAUACAAGUUCAGUUUUUCCUGCUGGAAUUACCAUGUGCUUCGACACAUCCAAUACUAGUCUUGCGUUGGGCCUCUUUUGCACUACCUUGUGUAUAACAUUGCAUUGCACCCCCCCUGAAUCCAACUUGCAUCUUAGUGUUUUGCCUUUGACUCCCAAGUCUACGAACCAUUGGUCUUCCUUAGAUGACUGAAUUACACCAAAAGGGUAAUCCAUCAAAGCAGAGAUGCCAACCUCUUGGCACAAAAAAUCAGAUUGAAUAUCCCCCAAAAUCAGAUAUUUGAGUGAAAAAUCAGAUUUUCACGGAAACUAAGAUAAUGUGCGCGAAGCGCACAUCACGAGCGCGAAGUCCUAUCGGCCGGGGGCUCUGGGGUUCUAGAUGCUCUCUGGUGCAAUCUGAGCAUAUUUGAGUGACCUUUUUCUCUCAAAUUUAAUCCAAGUUUUGAGGUAAUUUUUAUGUUAUAGAGCCUCUACUCCAGAUAUAUAGAUAAAUUUAUCUGUGAUCCUGUUAAUGAAAGAGAAUUAAGAUGUACAAAACAACAUUCAAUUG